AGUCCUCCAUUCACCGAGAUGGCGACAUUGGCAGUGCACCAGUCACCGGUCGGCGGUUUCUGUUUCGAGAACUGCAAGAGAAAUGCACUUUUGGAAGCUGAAGCGAACAAAGUGGGAAGCAGCUUGCCGGCUGCUCGUAAAACAGGAACCACCAUCUGUGGGAUCGUCUUCAAGGAUGGCGUCAUCCUCGGAGCCGACACCAGAGCCACGGAGGGAAUGAUCGUGGCCGACAAGAACUGCUCCAAGAUCCACUACAUCUCCCCCAACAUCUACUGUUGUGGGGCAGGGACAGCUGCAGACACGGAGAUGACCACCCAGAUCAUCUCGUCCAACCUGGAGCUGCACGCCCUCUCCACGGGCCGGCUGCCCCGCGUGGCCACCGCCAACCGCAUGCUGAAGCAGAUGCUCUUCAGGUAUCAGGGCUACAUCGGUGCUGCCCUGGUUCUGGGAGGAGUGGACUGUAACGGGCCUCAUCUUUACAGCAUCUACCCCCACGGCUCCACCGACAAGCUGCCCUACGUCACCAUGGGUUCUGGAUCUCUGGCGGCCAUGGCGGUGUUUGAGGACCGCUACAAGCCUGACAUGGAGGAGGAGCAGGCCAAGCGUCUGGUGCGAGACGCCAUCGCCGCCGGCAUCUUCAACGACCUCGGCUCCGGCAGCAACAUCGACCUGUGUGUCAUCACCAAGGGGAAGCUGGACUACAUCCGGCCCCACGACGAGGUCAACAAGAAGGGGGUCAGAACCGGCGAUUACAAGUACAAGAGAGGGACCACCGGCGUGCUGACGAAGGCCACGCUGAACCUGCAGGUGGUGGAGGAGACGGUCCUCACCAUGGACACGUCCUAGAGGACCCGCCUCGAGGACCCAGUCUCGUCAUGUCGUUCACAGUUCAGAACACAAAUGUUGUUUUUCAUUAUUUACAAUAAAAGCGUUUGAGUUGA